AUUCAGACAGUUGGUGGGCAUGGGAAUAAUUUAUACGUAGCGCUGUUCUGUGUGCUUCUCGGUUUCGGUUGCUCGGAAUAAAUUGGUAUUUGCUGAAAAAUUCAAGGUGAUUUACAAGCCUUUGUAUUUCCGAUGUAUAAAUAUGGUGAAUUAGUUGGCAAUCGUUUAGUCCUCAAUUUGAUUUUGAAUUUCGCGAACGCUUCUCGUGGGAUCCGAUCCGAGUGUAGAUAUUUUUCUCUAUUUCGAGACAACAAUAGACCAUUGAGUUAAACAACGACGACGACCAAAAAAAAUUGUGCGCAAUUUCAAACGGUUCUUGUGAAUUCAAGUGAAAAGAAAAAGUUUUGAAGAUAAAAAAAAUGGCUUUGGUUCCAUAUGAAAGCAGAAUUGCUGAAUACAAGGAUUGGUUGGAGGCGAAACGUCGUUGGAACGAUGAUGUAUGGGCGAAUGAUUGGAUUUGGCCAUCACCAGCCGCCUGGGCUAAUUAUCGUUCGUUGUGCACACCAAAUGGAUACCUGCGUCCAUGGGUGGACUCAUACUAUGGUGAUUUGAAUUGCGUUGAACGUGAUGUCAAAGUUACGAAAGAUGUGUUUCAAGUUCAACUCGAUGUGCGCCACUUUAAAUCGUACGAAAUCGAUGUGAGAGUGGUUGGAAAUGCGAUUGUGAUCAAGGGAAAGCACGACAAACGUCCCAAAGUCAAUGGUUACAUUGAACGACAGUUUGAACGCAAGUACGACUUGUCAAAUGACUUCCGAAUCCGUGACGUAACAUCAUCGUUGUCAACCGAUGGCGUUCUAACUGUCAAGGCCUAUCCCACAAUACCACCACCGACACUUGCCUACAUUCGAAAUAUUCCAACAUACCAAUCCUUCCGACCAUCAUACUUGGAAAAUUAAGAAAACAACAACAACAAUCCAACAAAAUCAACCAACGCUGAUUACAGUGCAAACAGUGUACGUGCCCGUGGACGUCGUCUCGAAUUAAAGAAAAUAUGCACACAUACACACACACACAAAUCUAUUAACAUUUUGAUUUUUCGCUAAUAAUUACAAUUGAGAGAUAAUUCUUUUUUUUUACUAUAACAGAGCGUUUUUGUUAUGUUUUUUUUGUUGUUGUUGAUCUAUUUCGUUUUGUCACAAUAUACAAAAGUCAAAUUGGGCUCUUACUAAUCAAGAUUUCAAAAUCGCCUACGCGUUGAGACAUGAACGAUUCUAAUUAAAUGUGCUUUUUUUUGUUUAAACAAGUUUUAUUAAUCGAUUCAAAUAAAAUAAUUGCAAUCAAAACGACAA